AUGAAGGGGAGCGGCUUGGUGUUCAUGGUUACUCUUUUGUCCAUCGGCUACCUUGCAGUGACCGGACGGUGUGACCUCGGGGAUGAAAGGAGCGCCAGUGCAAGUGCUAAUGCUCCUGCAUUACACUCGUCAUCAGAUGAGAGCAAGCUUAGCGUGAGAUUUUGUCUGGUUAGGGAUUGUAAAACCAAAGCUGAGACCUGGACUGAGGCAUGCUACUGCUGCCUUGUGCUGUCCGAUAUGCCAUGUUGGCAUAAGCUAUACGAGUGUCAAGCAAACUGCCCGGCGUGCCACCCCAAGUGCUAG